GGCACUGGUUAGGGCAUGUUUCCUACGCGAGGCUUUAAAACUGGAGCUUUUUCCUCCCACAGUGCUGAGCCAGCCCCUCGCUGCCCGCUUGGAAACUGUAACUGUUUGGCAAUUUAUUGUCGCAACCCUUCCAGCCUUGAACACUUACCCAGCCUCCUCAGGCUGCAGCGACCCAUCCAAGUAAACGUGCACCAACAAAAAUCAGCGGAUCGUUGUAAAGAAGUACAGCAGAUCCGAGAGCAGCAUCCAAACAAAAUCCCAGUCAUCAUUGAACGCUAUAAAGGGGAGAAACAGCUGCCAGUGCUGGACAAGACCAAGUUCCUUGUCCCAGACCAUGUCAACAUGAGUGAAUUGGUCAAAAUAAUCCGGCGCCGCUUGCAGCUGAAUCCCACCCAGGCUUUCUUCCUGCUGGUGAACCAGCACAGCAUGGUGAGCGUGUCCACCCCCAUCUCAGAGAUCUACGAGCAGGAGAAGGAUGAGGAUGGCUUCCUCUACAUGGUCUAUGCUUCCCAGGAGACCUUUGGCUACUGAGGCCUGCCGAGAGGCGGCAUGUGGAGACGGAUGAACUGUGGUGCGCAGGCCCCUGGCCUUGGGAAACCACACAACCAGGGGCUCGCAAGAGGGGACCUGUGCUGACUCCCCUUCCUCUCCCUCCCUCCCCUUCCUUUCACCCUCUCACCAAAGAGGCUCGUGGCGUGUAUUGGACUCACACAACCCUUCACCUCCGUGUAGAUAGUUCCGUUCCCUCCAUGCGCAUGCACACGUGUGCAUGUAGACCUACAGACACCCAGGCACACAAAUUGGGCCUCAGCUUCCCAUCCCAUCCCCUUGGCGUAACCCCUGCUGCUCUCACUGUGUGUGUGUGUGCGUGUUUCUAGCCUACUGCCAGAAUGGUUUGGCCAGUGGUGGAGAGAGGUGUCCUGGGACACUGAAGAGGACACUGUCACCUUCGCUUUCAGCACAGGGAGAGCUGCCUCCUUCUCCCAGACACUAAUAAAGGGCAGGAAGUCUGCAAAAGCAGCAAACAAAUGUUAUCGUUGCUCCUGAGUUUUAAUUGAUUUUAAUUAUACCCAUAUCAGAUUCUUGGUGCUACUGAGUAGAUGUAGGCGUCUCUAUAGGACUGUGGAUAAUGUAUAUUCUUUAGGUGUUUUUUGGUUUUUUUUUGAGGGAUAGGUUGGAAGGGGGAGAGGGGGUAAUUUUUCCUGUUUUCUGUAGGUAAAUCAGGCUUUGUUGCACUUUAAGUCAUAGUAGAUGUCAGAGUGAAAUUUACUUUUAAUUUAUACAGGUUUGCUAUAUAUAGUGCUGCUCCUCUGUUGACAGUUGUACCUAGAUUGUAUUUGCUUUUUUUUUUUAAUAGAACUUAUUUCCCUUCUCUAUGUCUCCCCAUUGCAUGCAAUUUUUCAGUCUCAGUGUGGCAAAGAGUUUGUUCAAGGAAUGUAAUGAUUUGUAUUUGCUACCUUCCCAUUCCUGUUUUUCAUGUAUUAUACCAAAAAAUGUAUAUGAUAAAAUUCCACCCAGUUUAACCUAUACAAAGGUACAUAUAUAAAUAUAUAUAUAUAAAAUAAAUAUAAAUCCAA